AUGUCGCGAACGGGUGUUUUCAUCAUCGGAAUAUUUUUCUUCAUGUCAAUUUGUGAUGUUUUCAUAGCAGAGGAGACAAAGAUUGAGACGGAUAUCGGAGGUGACAGCAAAAUCCCAGAAGUUCCUAUGGAAUCUGAAAUUCAAAACGCUAUGCCAACUCUGAAGAUUCUUUAUUGUGUCUCCUGUGGAUAUCGAAAAGCAUUCAACCAGUUCUCCGAGUUUGCCAGGGAGAAGUAUCCAGAUAUUCAAAUUGAAGGAGACAAUUUUGCACCAGUUUAUUGGAAAUCUCAGUUGGUUAUGGUUCUUGGAAUCCUCAAAGUAGUCCUCUCCGUGAUAAUUAUGUCAGGAUCCAACCCAUUCGAAACUCUUGGACUUGGCUAUCCAGGAUUUCUUCAAUACGCUCAUUCCAACAAAUUGGCAUCCGGAUUUAUGAUCUACCUGCUUGUGAAUAUGCUGGAAUCGAAUCUCUCGGCAACUGGAGCUUUUGAAAUCUAUGUGGGCGGAGUUCAAGUCUGGAGUAAGAUCGAAACCGGGCGGGUGCCGAGUCAAGAGGAGUUUUUGGAGAUUCUUGGGAAGAUGGAAUCAACGAAGUAA